UCUGUGCAUCCCUAGGCGGUGCAGAAGAUAAUCCAAAAUAGCUGAUCCAGUUUGCAAGAUCCUUUUGCCUACUAGGAUCAGUCUUUUUCACCAUAUCAAGCCAUUCAAGAAUCUGGGCUGGCUUGCACGAGUCUUCCGAGCAGGACAGGAGCCAUUGCCAGCCGCACGGCCCCUUUCCUCUACAGCAGCCCAAGCAGCGUGCCUUGCAGGGCCGGCAAAGGGGUCUGUGCGCGUGCCCAGAAUGAUGGCUUCGGUCUGGAAGGAGGACUCUGGAAAGCCUCCUUUUCUAGCGACCUCCCAUCUCCCCUCGGUUGCAGGAGUCCAGAGACUACAGUUCCCAGGAUGCCGCGCGCGGCGCCGCGUGACGCUUCGCAAAGUAUACUGUAUCUUUCUGCUUCCCCGAGGCGGGACUUGGUCGCUGCUGGGGCGAGGAAAGUUGCCCAGAGCGCAGCUGAACCGUCGCUUUCCUUGCGAGGAAAAGGGAGAAGCAAAGGAGAGAGAGAGAGAAAGGGGGGAAGAAGGAGAAGGAGGAGAAGAAAACCACGCCAUCAUGAUGCAAAUGUACUUCAUUUUCUCCGACAAAGUGGUGCUCCUCUUUGACUUCUGGAAUGUCCACAGCCCGGGAGGCAUGGUUCUUUCAGUGAUUGUGAUCCUGCUGCUGGCAGUGCUGUACGAAGCCAUCAAGGUGGGCAAAGCCAAGCUGGUCCAGCGCACGAUGCCCACGGUGGCGCCCAGCAUCAGCCAGGAGGCCUUGGACGAGCCGGAGAGGGCCUCCGUCAGCAACGGCCUGGAUCGGUUUGUCCACCCCCCAAAGAAGUGGUUCCUGUGGCACUCGGUUCAGACGUUGAUUCACAUCGUCCAAGUGGUCCUGGGCUACCUGGUGAUGCUGGCCGUGAUGACCUACAACACGUGGAUUUUCCUGGGCGUGGUCGCGGGCUCGGCCAUCGGCUACUUCCUCUUCUAUCCUCUGCUCAACACAAGAUAGCAGCGCCGGGGUCCACUCCGGUCCUCGGAGGGUGCAGAAGGCUGUACGGUGCAGACGAGCCGAUGCUGCUUUGGAAACUGACCUGAGACAUUGGGUAGCUGGGGGGGGGGGAUGGAGGUCACCCCACUGUAGUGCGAGAGUUCUUCCUCCGCCCCACUUUUCCCUCCGGCCUCCACAUGCAGGGUACUUACAAACUUCUAACCUUUUUAAAAUGGCACUUUCGCUGCUUAUGUUUUGCACGAGGGCUAUUAUGUCAGGUGGCUUCUGAACACGAGUCCUGACGGCUGUGCCUAGGAAAUCUGUAUAGUCAAGGGAGUUGCUGCAUACACAGUCUGACCACUGGUCCCCCUGAGCCUAAGACUGUCUACUCUGACUGGCAACGGCUCUCUACGUCUCAGAAGACUUUCCCAAUCCGUGAGAUAUUUUUAGCUAGAGAGCCCAAGACCUCUGACAUUUAAUGCAUUCUCCUGCAACCUACAGACAGUAAGAGAACCAAGAAAAUAUUGUCCUGGGUCGACUUCCAGGAAAAGGACUGCUUUGCACAGUACCUAAUUUACAGAAUUUGCUGCCACAAGUCGUGGCAAAGGCCACCGGCUUGGAUAGCCCUUAGAGAAGUAGACAAAUUCAAGGGCAGACAGGUAAGUCAGUGGCUGUUCUAAGUAGAACUUCCAUGUUCAGUGGCAGAUAUUGGGCAGGAACAGAACUAUUGCCUUCCUGCUCCUGCAACUGAUUAGCGAGUGUGGGAAGCAGCCAGCCGAACGAGAGCUCCGAUCUGAUCCAGCCAGACUCUUCUAACUCAGGGGAUCCCAGAUAUUGGACUUCUAGAUUGGACAAUAUCCACAAUCUAUCAUAGAUUGUGGGUAUUGCUCACAAGGCUGGGGACAAUGGGAGUUGGAGUCCAAGAGCAUCUGGGGUCCCAAGGUUGGGCACCUCUGUUCUAACUUAACGUGAGAUGCAAACUGCCACCUUAGCUCUGUUAGCAGCGGGGCAGGGCGAGAGAAGACCAGUUUUUGCUCUGAUUUCUUUCAUUUGGGUGUGGACGGAGUAUUGUUCUGGGUGGCAGUAUCAAGGCAGUGUGCAUGCACACAUGCAUUCAGAGUGGGGCCUUCUGGAUUCAACCCGAGCGGGAUCCAAAAGUGUCCAUCAAACAACGUGUGGGCACGCCCGCACAUGACAGAUUGCCCAUCUCCCUCACAGGGGAAUCUUAGUUGUAAUUCUCACCCCCACCCCGCCACACACACACCUGCCCCACCCCUAGAAACCAAGUUCGACUCUUCAACCCUGCUUUUGUUCUGCUCUUCUCCAAGUGCACGCUGUCCAAAAGGAAGAGACAGGCAUGGCCGACAUUAAAUAAAGCUGAAUUUUAUUAUUAA